AGGGGUCUUAUAAGAGUCAUGAUUUUCCAGUCGACUGCCUCUUUACUAAGUUUGUUGUAGAGAUGGGUGAUUAUAGAGUCCUGCAAGGAGAAUCAUUAGAAGCAUUCAAUGAAGGGAUUGGUUAUAUUUUGAAUCGAUGGUCGGCUCUUCGAACCGCCGUUGAUUUCAUGUGGGGUGGCGAUAACUCUGAUCUCAAAGCUCAACAAUUCAUCGCCGAUGUUUGUUCUUGGUUCGCUCAAUCCAGAGGGCCGUUUUCUAUUGAUGACUUGAAAACCUUAAUUUAUGAAGGCAUGAAUGAUGCUUUUGAUCUAGAGAUUAUUGAUGGAAGUGAUAAAGAUAUAGCUGAAGAAUUACUGUCUAUACGAGAAGAAUGCUUAAAUGGUGAUUUUAGGAAUGUCGAAUCUCUCAGGGAAGCUAGUCGUAUUCCAAACUUUUAUCCUCGUGUAGAAGAGCUUAUCGAGUUUCCUCCUCCCCCUGAAGACAUAGAAAUGCACAAUAUCAACUCUAAUGAAAGUACUAUUGUGGAUGGUACUUGUGCUAACAUUCAAGAUUCUGAUACAGACUCAGAUACUGUAAACAAGCCUAAUUAGUGGAUUUUUGCCAUUGCAUCCGAAGCAAAUGAUCAAUGUGCUUUUAAACAGGAAAAACAAAAUAAGGGUAGAGUGAAGUAAAUUAAAAACAUUCAUACAUUAUGUUAAGGAUGCGUUUUCUCCCCAUAUUUACUUAUAAUAAAUGAAGGAUGUGUUUUC